AUGACCUCGAAAUUUCUAAAAUUUUUCCGAAAAAACUCUAGCAACAAAGAAAAUGAUCAUUCCACAGAGCUGGACCGCGAUAUGUCAUACCGCCACUCAACCAGAUCAUCCAAGCAGUCAUCUAGAGGCGAAAGAUCCACGCGGUUCAAUUGCCCUGAAGGGCUAUCACCCACAGCUCCUUAUCAUACAGUCACAGCACCAAAAUUGAAUAAAGGACCACAGAGCUGUCCUGGAGGAUACCGUGAUCGAGAUGACUACCGACACGAAGACAUGAACAGAUCAUUCGAAACAGAACUUCACCCUAGACGCGAUAGACGAGAUAAAUAUGAAUUCAGAGAUAAAUAUCGCAGAUCAGUUCGAGACACUUCAGAAUAUGGAAGCGGAGAUCCCUCUCCUAUUGGAAACUACGGAAGACAUUAUCCUACGAAUUUAAUAGGAGACUCCGAUACGGAGGAGUAUGAAUACAGUGCUAAAAUAGCGCAAAUGGAGGAGGCUUGUAAUCGCUUUAAGAGCAGGUUAAAACACUCCGAAGAAAGACAUUUUUAUUAUAAAGAUCAGUGUAAGCAGUUACUGCGAGCCAAAGAGGCCACAGAGAAGGCCUUCCUUAAUCAAAUAACAACCAUGAAUAAAGAUAAGCAGAAACUUAUUAAUAAAGUUCAACAACUAGAACAGCAAUUAAUGCAUCUUCGAAUGAGUCAAUCAAACACAUUCUGCCCUCCUACUAAUCAUUUCGCACCUCCAACUUUCUCAUAUGGACUAUCUAAUGGACAACAGUUAAGCAACAGACUCUCCAUGGGGCCACAACUUUCCGCACUUCAAAGUAAUACUCCUACCAGUAGCGCUCUGGCAGCGUCUUUUACUGGAGCAGGCAAGUAUUUGACAAGUUCUUUUCCCCUUGUCAGUUCAGCAGAAUCUUCAGGAGAAGCUCUUACUGAGGAAUCUGACCUUUCUUGCCUUCAACAAGUUAUUUUGGACUCCUCUUUCAGUAGUCGUCAAACGACAGAGGAAAUGGAUGAGACUAAAGAUUUUAGAGGUGAAUCGGGAAUGGAAACUCCCCGCACAGGCACAACUAGCACCAGUAGUAUGAUAGAUCGCAAUGCUACUCCCACAUUGAGAGAAGAGUGUCUUCCCCGGGAAAUCGAUGGCAGCCGAUCGACUGUUGUACCAGAAAAUGUGCAGGCUAUGAAGAUGGAAAGAGCUCCCAAGCUGAAGCGUUCAAUUAGUGACGGCGGAGCUUCAUGUGGCGAUUUGCGACUAUCGACAAUCUAG